CGCUUAGGAUGCUGUCUACGUAGGCAGCUCGCUAGGUUUUGAAACCUAGCCGCAGACGCUCUAUUUCCUGGUUACUUCGCAAGGAUGAAUGUGGGCGUUGCUCACAGCGAGGUGAACCCAAACACACGGGUGAUGAACAGCCGGGGGAUCUGGCUGGCCUACCUGCUGCUCACCACUGCCCUGCAUGUAGUCUUACUCAGCAUCCCUUUCCUCAGUGUGCCUGUGGUGUGGACGCUCACCAAUGUCAUACACAACCUGGUGAUGUAUCUGUUUUUGCACACCGUCAAAGGCACACCGUUUGAGACGCCAGACCAAGGGAAAGCACGUUUGCUUACUCACUGGGAACAGAUGGACUACGGCAUCCAGUUCACAGCAUCAAGAAAGUUCCUUACCAUCUCACCCAUUGUACUGUACAUCUUGGCCAGCUUCUACACUAAAUAUGACACCACCCACUUCCUAGUCAACACAGGCUCGCUACUAAGCGUCCUCCUUCCAAAGUUGCCUCAGUUUCAUGGAGUUCGUCUAUUUGGUAUCAAUAAAUACUGAUAUGACACUGCAGCCCACUCAUGGAGGGGACGUAGCAUCAUGGAGAUGAGAUGACUGAAGUUCCUUUAUUCUCCAUAUGAUGCUUCCUUGGUCCAAAGCCGUAGGGACUUAAGGAACCAAAACUGCACUGGACUCAAGUACAUUAUUUAAAAAAAAAAAAAAAAAAAAAAGGCCUUCCAUGCUCAGGUUUACUCAAUCUGUGGUUUUUUUUUUUGUUUGUAUCCAAUCUUAUGUCUGUAAUUUCUUUUCAUCAUAUAAUACUUUCUAGAUUCAUCAAGUUUAAGGAAGUUUUGACUACAUUGCAACAGACAAUGUGCCAAUUAUUAUCCGCCGAUAUUAAUUGUGUUAAGGUUCCCGUUGCAUAAUCCCACAACAAGCUCUGCCACUGUGGAAUCAAAACAUGAUAGUCCUGAAUUAUAAUAUUCAGAUUGUUUUUUGUCAGUGUUCUAGUAUAUAACGUGGGAACUGCAGUUAUUAAGAUAUGUUAGAAUUAAUAGGAAAACACAUCUGUUUUGAGUUUAAUCUGAACUGUUGCUGCAUCUAUCAUUUCAUUUUCUCCAAAAAUGCAAAACAAAGAUCUGGGAUAAUGUGUGAUUGUGCAAAAUCUGGUUUCUCUUGAAGUGUUUUUCUUUAAGUUCAUUGCUUAGUUUUUUUUUUUUUUUGCUGAGCACUGGUUAUAUUAGAUUUUCUGUAUUUAUUUAUUUCAUCAUAUCAUGAAACAUUCCAAUUUGAAGUAAAUGCCAAGGUAAACACACAUUAUUAUUAUUAUUAUUAUUAUUAUAUGUAUGUGUCUGCAUGGAUCAUGUUUGUUCACAAUACAAAAGUGACAGUAUGCAGAUUGGGGAACAAAAGCCUGAGACCACAUUGAAAAUAAAGGAUUCAAUUUCUAAUUUAAAGCUGGAAAUAA